AUGGUUACUACUUGGAAUAAAUGCUUAUCAGUAUCAUUUUCACUAGUUAUUAUAUUCAUACAAAUAAUCAAGUGUUGUGAUAUACCACCCGAUCUAUGGUGUGAUAGCCAUGAAUCAGCUAAACGUUGUAAUGUUAAGCAACAAUGCGAUCAAUUUCGACGGGUAAAGUUACCAGUAAAAUUAAGUUUAUAUUAUGAAGCAUUAUGCCCAUAUUGUCAACGUUUUAUUGUAAAUCAUCUGGGAAAUAUUUACAAUCAAUUUCGUGGACUUAUUGAACUUGAAAUGAUACCAUGGGGAAAUUCGAAAUUACUUCAGGAUGGUACAAUACGAUGUAAUCAUGGACCAAUUGAAUGUAAUGCUAAUAAAUUACAAAGUUGUGUAUUAGAAUAUGCAAAAAUGAAGCAUGCAUUAGCUUUUAUUAUCUGUUUUGAGCGAUCACUCAUUGAUACAAAUGUUGAAUCAGCACUUCAAUAUUGUUCUGGUUUUAUUCGUAAUCAUUAUCGACGAAUUAGACGAUGUUAUGAUUCGGAACGUGGUAUACAAUUGCAACGAAAAGCAUUUCAUCGUACAAUGUCUGCUACACCGAAUCGUAUAUCGGAAGUACCAUAUUUGCUAAUUAAUGGAUAUAGUUCAAAUCCGGAUUCUAAUAAUUUGAAUAUACAUGCUUUGCAAUUAUUGUUGAAAAAAUGGAAGCGUAUAAUUCAUGAUAAUUAUUUAAUUGAAUGA